AUGGCUCCAAACCCGUCAGCCUCGGCGCGCCAACCGCUGAAAAUCCUCAUGCUCCAUGGCUACACCCAGUCCGGCCCCCUGUUCCACGCAAAGAGCCGUGCCCUAGUCAAACACAUCCAAAAGGCCUUUCCCCUACACGAAGUUUCCGCAAUCUACCCCACGGGUCCCCUCCGCCUGAAACCCAGCGAUAUCCCCGGCUACGAGCCCUCCGAAGGCGGAGAACCGGAAGAUGAGAUCGAAGCGUACGGCUGGUUCCGCCGAUCCAAUACAGCAAACCCCCCUCUCUACCAGGGCCUAGAAGACGGACUUGCCGCCGUGGCCAAGGUUCUCUCGGAGGAAGGCCCCUUUGACGGCGUAAUUGGAUUCUCGCAAGGCGCUGCCAUGGUGGGCAUGGUUGCGGGGCUAUUGGAGAGCGAGCGGAAAGAGGCCUUUGCGAAGUUUGAGAAGGAUGAAUCCGAGGGAGCGCCGGGGAUUCCUUUCCCAGCUUCUUUCGCUGGAUCGGGUUUCCAGCAUCCGCCGUUCAAGUUUGCGAUUGCGUAUAGUGGGUUCCGGUCUCCUGGGGCGCGGUAUCGUGGUUUCUACGAGAGUCCGCCGGUUCAGACGCCAGUUUUGCAUGUGUUGGGGUCUUUGGAUGCGGUUGUGGAGGAGUCGAGGAGUCGGGCGUUGAUUGAGGCUUGUGCGGGGGAGCCGGAGAAGGAUGGUUUGGUGGUUUGGCAUCCCGGUGGUCACUUUUUGCCCAGUCAGCGGCCUUAUUUGGAUGCUGCUGUGCGGUUCAUCCGGGAGCAAUUGGAGAAGAGCAGUGGAGGCAAGAAGCCAGAUGAGGAGGAAGAUGUGAACGAUAUGGAUGUUCCUUUCUAG